CGUUAACCCCGCCUGCUCCCGCCGCAGCUUCCGCUGCCGCCGCCGCUCCCUCGGUCCCGGUCUCAGUCCCGGUCCCGGUCCCACCUCGCCGCCGCCACCGGCGCCAUGAACAAGAAGAAGAAGCCGUUCCUGGGCAUGCCCGCGCCCCUAGGCUACGUGCCGGGGCUGGGCCGCGGAGCCACAGGUUUCACCACCCGCUCCGAUAUCGGCCCUGCCCGUGAUGCCAAUGACCCUGUGGACGAUCGCCAUGCACCGCCCGGGAAGAGAACUGUGGGGGAUCAGAUGAAGAAGAACCAAACAGCUGAUGAUGACGAUGAGGAUUUGAAUGACACCAAUUAUGAUGAGUUCAAUGGGUACGCUGGGAGCCUCUUCUCAAGUGGUCCCUAUGAGAAGGAUGACGAGGAAGCAGAUGCUAUUUAUGCAGCUCUGGAUAAGAGGAUGGAUGAACGCAGGAAAGAACGAAGGGAACAACGAGAGAAAGAGGAAAUAGAGAAAUACCGUAUGGAACGACCCAAAAUUCAGCAGCAGUUCUCAGACUUGAAACGGAAGCUGGCAGAGGUCACAGAGGAAGAGUGGCUGAGUAUCCCAGAAGUUGGUGAUGCCAGGAACAAGCGCCAGAGGAAUCCUCGCUACGAGAAGCUGACUCCUGUGCCUGACAGCUUCUUUGCAAAGCAUUUGCAGUCAGGGGAGAAUCACACUUCUGUGGACCCACGCCAAACACAAUUUGGUGGAUUGAAUACUCCAUAUCCAGGGGGCCUGAACACUCCCUACCCAGGAGGAAUGACACCAGGCUUAAUGACACCUGGGACAGGUGAAUUGGAUAUGAGGAAGAUUGGCCAAGCCAGGAACACCUUGAUGGAUAUGAGGCUAAGCCAGGUGUCAGACUCUGUGAGUGGCCAGACUGUAGUGGACCCCAAAGGAUAUUUGACAGACUUGAAUUCCAUGAUUCCCACCCAUGGAGGAGAUAUCAAUGAUAUCAAAAAAGCCCGCUUGCUCCUGAAAUCAGUGCGAGAGACCAAUCCUCACCAUCCUCCAGCCUGGAUAGCAUCAGCCCGACUAGAGGAGGUCACUGGCAAGCUCCAAGUAGCUCGAAACCUCAUCAUGAAAGGCACAGAGAUGUGCCCUAAGAGUGAAGAUGUUUGGUUAGAAGCUGCUCGGCUUCAGCCUGGGGAUACAGCCAAGGCCGUUGUGGCUCAAGCUGUCCGCCACCUCCCGCAGUCUGUGCGAAUCUACAUCAGAGCAGCAGAGCUGGAGACAGACAUCCGGGCAAAGAAACGUGUCCUGAGGAAAGCCCUUGAGCAUGUUCCAAACUCGGUGCGUUUGUGGAAAGCAGCCGUGGAGUUAGAGGAACCUGAGGAUGCCAGGAUCAUGCUGAGCCGGGCUGUGGAGUGCUGUCCAACGAGUGUUGAACUGUGGCUUGCACUGGCCAGGCUGGAGACGUACGAGAAUGCACGGAAAGUCCUUAACAAAGCCCGAGAGAAUAUUCCAACAGAUCGGCACAUCUGGAUUACUGCUGCCAAGCUGGAGGAAGCCAAUGGAAACACCCAGAUGGUGGAGAAAAUCAUUGACAGAGCCAUCACAUCCCUCAGGGCUAACGGUGUGGAGAUCAACAGGGAGCAGUGGAUACAGGAUGCUGAGGAAUGCGAUAAAGCUGGAAGUGUGGCCACGUGCCAGGCAAUCAUGCGAGCUGUCAUUGGGAUCGGGAUUGAGGAGGAGGAUCGGAAACAUACCUGGAUGGAGGAUGCAGACAGUUGUGUAGCUCACAACGCCCUGGAGUGUGCCCGAGCAAUUUAUGCCUAUGCCCUGCAAGUCUUCCCCAGCAAGAAGAGCGUGUGGCUGCGAGCAGCCUACUUCGAAAAGAACCAUGGCACAAGAGAAUCCUUGGAGGCUCUUUUGCAGAGGGCUGUUGCUCACUGUCCCAAAGCAGAAGUGCUCUGGCUCAUGGGAGCCAAAUCCAAGUGGCUGGCGGGAGAUGUGCCAGCAGCCAGAAGCAUUUUGGCCUUGGCUUUCCAGGCCAACCCCAACAGCGAGGAGAUCUGGCUUGCUGCCGUGAAGCUCGAGUCGGAGAACAAUGAGUAUGAAAGAGCAAGGAGGCUGCUGGCUAAAGCUCGCAGCAGUGCCCCCACUGCAAGGGUCUUCAUGAAGUCAGUGAAGUUAGAAUGGGUGCUGGGGAACAUUGCUGCAGCCCAGGAGCUUUGUGAGGAAGCCCUGAAGCACUACGAGGACUUCCCCAAACUGUGGAUGAUGAAAGGACAAAUUGAGGAACAAAAAGAGCUGGUGGACAAAGCCCGGGAGGCAUAUAAUCAAGGGCUGAAAAAGUGUCCCCACUCCAUACCCCUGUGGCUUCUGCUGUCCAGGCUGGAGGAGAAGGUUGGGCAGUUGACCAGAGCAAGAGCUAUCCUGGAAAAGUCUCGCCUAAAGAAUCCAAAGAAUCCAGAUCUCUGGUUGGAGUCGGUGCGGCUGGAGUACAGAGCUGGGCUAAAGAACAUUGCAAACACUCUGAUGGCCAAGGCACUGCAAGAAUGCCCCAAUUCAGGAAUCCUGUGGUCAGAGGCAAUUUUCCUUGAAGCGCGACCGCAACGCAAGACCAAGAGUGUGGAUGCUCUCAAGAAGUGUGAACACGACCCACACGUCCUGCUGGCUGUGGCCAAGCUCUUCUGGAGCGAGCGUAAAAUAACCAAGGCCAGGGAAUGGUUCCACCGAACAGUGAAGAUCGACUCUGACCUGGGGGAUGCCUGGGCUUUCUUCUACAAGUUCGAGCUCCAGCAUGGCACGGAGGAACAGCAAGAAGAGGUGAGGAAGCGCUGUGAGAAUGCCGAGCCUCGCCAUGGGGAGCUCUGGUGUGAUGUCUCCAAGGACAUAGAGAAUUGGCAGAAGAAGAUUGGGGAGAUCCUCGUGCUUGUGGCAGCCAAGCUUAAAAACACCUUCUAGAGUCCCCUGCCUUCAUCCCGAGUCAUCUCUGUAGGACUUGCCUGCUUACCUGCUUUCGGUGCAUUCACCUUUGCAGUGGAACAGACUUUGGAGGAUGGGUGAUACAGAAGAGCUUUCUUCCAGAAAGAAAAGCUGUUUUCUUCUCUUCCCAGUGCUCUUGGUUCACACAACACAGUCAUAGGGUUCUGCAGCACAUCUGAAUGCUGGUGUCAUGGAGGAGAGACGAGUGGUCUUGGGUGGCUGUGUUGGCAUCUUCAUUUCAAUGCCUGAAUCCCCUGUAAAUACAAGCUUUACUUAGUGCUUGGAUGGGUUUAGCAGUUUCUUUGCUUUCUUCCCUGGCAUGCACUCCCCUCCUGCCCCUCUCUGUGCGGUUUCUUUAGUGUUUGGCCCAUCUGAUGCUGGUUCCUUGUCAGCAGAUCUGGGUUGUUGCUGUUUGACUACACUGAAUGGACUUGAA